AUGUCGGAGCGAUCUCAGAGCCCUAUUUCGGAUUGCAACAGCCGGCCUGAUGACUUCAGCCGGCCAAUGUACGCCCAGGCCUUGAGUCAAGAGGGGUUUGGAGGCACUUCGCUCCAGAUCCCUCACGGUGUUCUACAGCACCAUAGUCUUCUAUUCAACAAGACUGCAUACAACGGGAUGCCUCCAACAACACCUCAAACCUUUUUCCAAUUCCCACCAGUCGGUGGUGACUAUAGGGCCUCCGAUUUACAAGCCGGUGACUUUUGCCAACCCAAACAUUGGUAUCCCAUCGCCGCUCCCGAGUACACCGGCCAGGUACCGAGGGCUGCAGUGACUACGCAGGCCACACACCUGAGCCCACCCAUUGCCGAAGCCAGGGAACAAAUGAAGAUGCCUGAGAUAAAGAUUGAGAAGGAUGUCAAUGACGAGUACGAGGCAAAGAUUCAACAGUAUCCAACUCCGUCGUCCGCUGUGGCUCACGGGGUUUACUACUCGACCCCAUGGAACCCAUCGUUUUGGCCCGGCCUUCCCCACAUCACUGCUGCAAGUUCCAAUACUCAAAACCUUAACGCCAUACCCUCAACAUCGUCUUCAACAUCCCCAUCGCUCUCGCCGUCACCCCCCAGUAAUGGGGUACCCGGGAUCACGUUCAACGGGAGCGCAAGCCAAGGUGCCCAAGCGCAAACCUCUACCCGAAGCAAUGGAUCCUCCAGCGGUGGGUGCAGUGACUCCGAGGAAGAGGUGAGUCUGAAAAUGGGCCUAUGUACGGUUAUCCCCAUGGUCAUUGUUGUACUAUUAGCCUAUGUGUUUACCCUGGAGCCUGUCUAUUAAUAAAUGAAAAAGUAAGGGUUGGGACAUGUUUCCUAAAGUCGUUGGUAAUUGUGCCUCUUUAACAGGAGAACCCUUCAACUGAGGAGCUGGAACUGUUCGCCAAGGAGCUGAAGCACACGCGUAUAACCCUGGGUUUCACACAAGCAGAUGUAGGCAUGGCUCUAGGCAACCUUUAUGGUGAGUUUGUAUUAUGUGGUGUACACUAAAACUACCAUUAGCCUAUGUCAUAGCUGAACCUUGCCCUUGUGUGCCAUUGUGACCUGGUGUAUGUUAAUAAUUAUUUGGUCUUUGAACUUACUGAGUGUUCCCUUAAAUUGGCUUAGGAAACCAUAGAAUACCAUGUUCCUUGUGUUUGGCACCUACUGUAGUAGUUGCCGUGUCAACUAGGGAUUAACAUGGGUAACCGGGUUCCCUGGACCAUUUCCCGAAAAAAUAAAAUGACAAUACCCGAGAAAUGAAAUUUCCCCGAUAUCGCACUAAUGCAAUUCCACAAAAUACAUAAUGUGCAGCAGCAGAUUGUGCCAUGUUUCUGUUGCCGUUAUCCAAACAGGUUGUCCCAUUGACACCUAUAGUGUAUUUACUUCACACAAUCGCCAUAAAUUCAAAGCACACGCAUAACUGACACAGCUGCACUGUACACCAGACCCAAAUGCACUUUAGACUUACAUUUUACAUUUUAGUCAUUUAGCAGACGCUCUUAUCCAGAGCGACUUACAGUUAGUGAAUGCAUACAUGUUUUUAUUUAUGUAUUAUUUUUUAUACUGGCCCGUGGGAAACGAACCCACAUCCCUGCCGGCCAAACCCUCCCCUACAUUGGACGACGCUAGACCAAUUGUGCGGCGCCCAUGGGUCUCCCGGUCGCGGCUGGCUGCAACAGAGCCUGGACUCGAACCAGGAUCUAUAGUGGCACAGCUAGCACUGCGAUGUAGUGCCUUAGACCACUGCGCCACUCGGAAGUUCUAACUUCUCAUUAGAACUGAAAAUUCGAUCCCGUUCUGAAUUAAGACCGGAGCUGAAGCCCGAGCCCAGGACUGGUCCAACAUCACAGAAAUUAAAUGAGUCCCAACGGGUAAAAAAAAGCCAGAUUUCUAGAAAACAGUACACUAUAUUGAUUUAAACUGGUGUUGAGAACAUUGCGGUGGCGGGCGGCAGCUGAGUGAGGAGACAGGAAACAGCCUUUGGGAGGAGAAAGUGAAAAGGAAAGCUCACCAUAGUUAUGUUCAACUGAAUGGUGAUCAACUAGAUGAUCAUUUCAGCACCGUUUUCAUUGGGACAGCGCCAUCGCGCUGCCUUGAGACAAGCGUGGGCGACUAGUCUAGAUAAAUCCAUUUCAGAUUUUUUUUAAUUUUAUUUUUUAUACUUAAUCUCCGUUUGGAUAUUUGGUAACAAUUAAGUUGGGGGAAAUGUUAGGUAAGUAGAGGUCGGUGCUAAUUAAUAUUUUUAUGAUAAUUUAGUUUGCUCAUAUUAGCUGAUCAGAACAGUUUGCUAGCCUGUUAUACAGGUGGAUUUUGCACUUCCAUCGCGUAGUAGCCUGGCCAACUCCCGACCAAAAGCCAAGGUCUGUAUAUUUGGUUAAUUGAUAUGUCUGGACAAGUGGAAGUGGUAGCUCAUUUAUUCGUUUGCUCCUCUAUCGCUGAUCAGGAACAUUUAGCAUGCAAUAACGUAGCCUAAAUCAAGUGUCGUUUAUCUAUUUACUAUUUUCCUGUCAUCCCAAUCCCACUGAAACCCCAAAUCCUGAUCCUGUCUCGCAUGACAAUUCCUAACUUUAUUAUGUAAUCCAUAGGUUGCAUUAUCAAAUCACGUCUCGCCUAUGCAUGUCAAAAAACCGCUAUAACAUUUCCCCCGCUUCUCUGCGCUUUCUCGUAUUGCUGCCUAUAUGAGAGCUUCGGUAGAGUGAUCAACAAACGCUUUUUUUUUUUAGCAGUUGGUCCCGGUUAAGAUGCCUUGAAAUUUAAACAAGUUCCUCUUCCUCUCCCCGUUAUUCAUGAGCUGAUCUGCUAUCUGUAGAAUCAACUCGAUUUUGCCAAAUAGGACGUUUUGGCAUUCGUUGGUUAUCUAGCAAGCUUAGUGACUUUGGUCACUUGACUUUGUUUGACUGCUGUUUAUGAUUCGACAACGCUAUGGCCAACUCGUGGUGCACCCUGUGUCGAGAGAGCCUAGGCCUUUUAUUUAUUUUUAUUUCACCUUUAUUUAACCAGGUAAGCCAGUUGAGAACAAGUUACAACUGCGACCUGGCCAAGAUAAAGCAAAGCAGUGCGAUAAAAACAACAGUUACAUAUGGGAUAAACAAAACGUACAGUCAAAAACACAAUAGAAAAUCUAUAUAGUGAGCAGCCUACUGCUGAAUUAAUUGAGGAACAUAACGCUCUGAAUUUAUGAACGGCCUGUUUCGCAAUUCACAAAAAUGUUAUUUGCGAGCAGUUACACUCUCAUUACUAAAUAACAGUUUAUCUUGUGAAAUCUUUCCAUAGUGGUGCAGCAAAGACGUCAAUUUGCCUCAGUGACAAUCAUAUUUUGGGAGAAUCCUGAGUGACCAUAUCUUGAUUUUAAAUGGGCACUUCCGAUUUUUGCGGUAUUUCCCGGGAUAAAUAUGAAUUAUUCCCUGUAUUGAGACCUGGUAGAUGUUCGGGAAAAUAUUAAUCCCUACUGACAAUUACUUGUUCUCUGUUUAGGAAAGAUGUUCAGCCAGACGACAAUCUGUCGUUUCGAAGCCCUCCAGCUCAGCUUUAAGAAUAUGUGCAAGCUGAAGCCCCUGCUCCGGAGAUGGCUGAAUGAGGCUGAGACCUCUGACAACCCCCAGGAUGUGAGUAUUCUUCUAACUGAUCUCUUUUAUUAUUAGAUUUGUUUUGUUUAGAAUCACUGCUGGUCCAGAGCUAAAUCUGGUUUGCACAAUGUGUCUAGGAUGCCAUCUUGUGGAUAGAAAUGCCUGAACUUCCCAUGCCCAACCAGAGUAAUAUUUAUUAGAAAAUGUUCACCAUUUAAAUGUUAUCUAUUCAGCAUUUGAUAUUUGAGGGGGACCAAUAGCAUUAAGUCCUCUGGAAUGGACCAAAGCACACUGCAAUGGCCCAGUCUGAAUGUGAGUAUGUUUGUGUCCCCAGAUGUACAAGAUAGAGCGGGUCUUUGUGGACACCAGGAAGAGGAAGCGGAGGACCAGUCUGGAGGGUUCGGUGCGCACGGCUCUGGAGUCCUACUUUGUCAAGUGCCCCAAGCCAAACACCCAGGAGAUCACACACAUUGCAGAUGACCUGUGUCUGGAGAGAGACGUGAGUCCCACACAGAUACAGCCUCCCCUCAUUUCCUCUCGGUCACCUACUGCACUUUAUUUCCCCAAACCUGCAUGGCAGUUUAGUUUAAGUUGCUUUUAGAUUAAAUGGAACGUAAAUACAUUUAUGGUAAAUAUGCUUUUCCUGCUUGUGUUGCCAUGGUUUGAAUCUUAGUGCUGUAUGUGUUAACUUAUCAGACCCUGUCAGGUUCUAUAUUUAAAAUAUAGGAAGUGGGGAAAUGUUUAUUUUUUUUGGGACAGCAUAUGACUGUUGUGUUCGACAGGUGGUGCGUGUGUGGUUCUGUAACCGCAGACAGAAGGGAAAGCGCCUGGCCCUCCCUUUCGAUGAGGAGUGUGAAGGACAGUACUACGAGCAGAGCCCACCUCCGCCACACAUGACCCACUCCCCCCUCCCAGGGCAGGGGUACCACCUAUCCAGCCACCCCGGGCCCCCCACCUUCUAUAUGCCCCCCCUCCAGAGGCCAGAUGUCUUUAAGCAGGCCCUGCACCCUGGACUGGUGGGUCACCUGACCAGCUAA